CUGCCCGCCCUCGGGCCCAGCGCGGGGAGGCUGUUCCCAGCCUUGCGUGGGCCUCGCGUGGGCCCGGCCUCGCCGCUGCGGUCGCCUGCCUGGCAUGGCCAACUGGGUGUUCUGUAAUCGCUGCUUCCAGCCACCCCAGAGGACGUCGUGCUUCAGCCUCACCAACUGCGGGCACGUGUACUGCGAUGCCUGCCUCGGCAAAGGUAAAAAGAAUGAAUGCUUGAUUUGUAAAGCUCCUUGUCGUACAGUUUUACUUUCAAAACAUACUGAUGCAGAUAUCCAGGCAUUCUUCAUGAGCAUAGGCAGUCUGUGUAAGAAGUACUCCAGGGAAACCUCCCAGGUUUCAGAAUUUCAAGAAAAACACAGGACGAGAUUGUUAGCUUUCUAUAGAGAAAAGAUUUCUAGGUUGGAAGAAUCCCUUAGGAAGUCAGUGCUGCAGAUAGAACAGCUGCAAAGUAUGAGAUCAUCACAACAAACAGCUUUCAGCACAAUAAAAAGUUCAGUUUCAACAAAGCCAUACGGAUGCCUACUGCCACCUCACUCAUCAACCCCCGACAGACUGGAGUCAAUGGAAGUUGAUCUCUCUCCUUCUCCGAUUAGAAAAUCGGAGAUAGCAGCCGGACCUGCGAGAAUCUCCGUGAUUAGUCCACCUCAAGAUGGACGCAUGGGCAGUGUCUCCUCCCGGGCCCCCGAGCAUCCCGGCCUGACGCCGAGUCAGAGGAGCGUGGGAAAGCCUCUCAGGAUUCCGCCUCUGCAACUCCCCCACAAGGGACCACCGCUCACGCCAACACCGCAGUUACCAGGGAGAGCAGGAAGAGGGGACUCUCCAAGCUUCGGGAGCUCCCAGGCCGGGCCACCCCCCAGGCCGCCCAUCAGCAUCGCCAGCCUGCUGCAGAGACAGUGUUUAGUGUGAAGUUUUGAAGUCAAUUCAAAGACAAAGUUGAUGUGUUUUUAUUGCGACUCUGGAUGCUUCCUGCAGGACCUGCUCACCUUGGGGCAGUGACAUGUGAAAGAUGAACGCCCAGCCACUCGCGCUGCCCCUUCCAGUCCUCCAGCCUUCUGCCCACUAGCAUGUGUAUGUUAGACAGCCAAUGCGACUACACUUUCUCACUUGAUGAAGUAAGUAAUGUAGUCGAAUAAAGUAUUUUUCUGAUUAUC